CCACUCGAGAUCCAUAACAUUCGCCGUCUGUGCCAGCAACUUACACAUUCUCAAAACUCACACACAUAAUCUGCGAACAGACUUGAUCCCGCUGCGGACUGCUGCGUCCGCACUGUCCAUCUCCUGCUCGACGACUUCGGACGACGCCCAAUAGCCUCUGAUACUUGAUUAUCAUCAUCAAUCGUCCAUUAUCUAAUCCCAAUUUCUCUCCAUGGAUGAAGGGCCCCGUCUCGAGUACGAGCUCAUCGUCCGUCAACAGCCAAAAGCGGCUCGUAUGUGCGGCUUAGGAGGCAAAGCGGAUCGGCGUCCCAUUGACCCUCCUCCAAUUGUCCAACUUCGCGUCAGCGAGUAUCCCAAGAAUGCCGCACCUGGGGAUGCACCCACUCCGACGACGUCCUUUCUCCAAAAUCCCUACUAUUUCAUGUUCGCCUCUCUCGCUGCCCCGGAUUCUGACGAUGAACUUCAUGUUCUCAAAGAUGGGCGGACUAGAUGCACGACUGGCUCUGUCGUUUCCAGCCUUUAUCAUCUCAAAGAUACCGAAAACGGUGGUGUUGAUGCGGGCUUUUUCGUCUUCCCCGACUUGAGUGUCCGCACUGAAGGCAGCUACAGGCUUAAAUUAAGUUUAUUCGAAGUAAAAGGGACCAAAGUUCAUCACUGCAAGUCUAUCUUUUCCAAUCCUUUCUAUGUCUACACGGCGAAAAAAUUUCCUGGCAUGGAAGGUAAGUUUCUGUCAUAUUUCGCACCGUCUCCGUGCCUGCUUCUCUGAUUUUUGUUGAAUAAAUACACGCAUCACCUAUUCAAUUCAUUUCACAGAGUCCACGCCACUAUCCUGUUCUCUUGCAGAUCAAGGUAUCAAGAU